AUGUUUAAAGUUAAGGAGCUUCUGCUCUCUGCGGAGACCUUCAACGAUCCGCUUUUUGAAUACCACUUGAAGUACUUUCGAUGGUACGGAUAUGUGGCCUCCGAGGAGGAACCCAGGCCAUGGUUUAGUUUAUUUCGCUGCACCCUGUUCACGGCCUCCAUUUGGAUUAGUUGUGGCCUGAUGCUGGCCAGGGUGUUCAGGGGCUACGAAAGCCUAAAUGAUGGCGCCACCAGCUGUGCCACCGCCGUCCAAUAUUUUGCGGUGUCCAUCGCCACCCUGAAUGCCUAUGUCCAACGGGAUAGAGUCAUUGCUCUAUUGCGCACUGCCCAUUUGGAUAUAAGGAACAUCAUGAUCGAGGCUGAUAACCAGGAGAUGGAUUUGCUUUUUCAAACCCAGGUGUACACCCGCACCAUCACCCUGAUGCUGUGGGUGCCCUCGGUGGUGGCCGGUCUGAUGGCCUGGGGCGACUGCAUCUACAGGACUAUUUUCCUGCCCCAGUCCGUAUUCAACACAGCCGCCGUGCGGCGUGGAGAGGAGCAGCCCAUCCUAUUGUUUCAGCUUUAUCCCUUUGGACAGCUAUGCGAUAAUUUCUUCAUUGGCUAUUUGGGGCCUUGGUAUGCCCUGGGCCUGGGCAUAACCACCAUUCCCCUAUGGCACACUUUCAUCACUUGCCUAAUGAAAUAUGUCAACCUUAAGCUGCAGAUUUUGAACAAAAGAGUCGAGGAAAUGGAUAUUUCUAGAAUUAAUCCGGUUUUGGUUGAGGAACACAUGACGAGCAUCGAAUUGGACCACUGGCGUAUGAAACUUUGUAAGGAAUUCGUGGAGGAGGAACUAAAAAUUCGGAGAUUCGUCCUUGAGCUACAAAGUCUAAUCUGUGUGCCAGUCAUGGCUGAUUUUAUUAUAUUUUCAGUGCUGAUGUGUUUUCUAUUCUUUGCCUUGCUAAUAGGAGCCCCCAGCAAAAUGGAUUAUUUCUUUAUAUUCAUAUACCUAUUCGUGAUGGCCUCUAUUCUGUGGAUAUAUCAUUGGCAUGCCACUUUAAUCGUCGAAUGUCACGAUGAAUUGUCCUUUGCCUACUAUUCCUCGGACUGGUACAACUUUCAGAUUCCUCUCCAGCGGAGGCUGCACUUUGUGAUGAUGCAUGCCCAAAGGCCGCUGAAGAUGCGGGCCCUGCUGGUCGAUCUGAAUCUGAGGACCUUCAUUGACAUUGUGCGUGGGGCCUACAGCUACUUUAAUCUGCUCCGCAGUUCCCACUUGUAUUAG